AUGCAGCAUACGUUUCGAUCAUUUUCGUCCGCAUCUACGCGGACGCCAGCACGAUCGACCCGCAGCUCCUCGUGCCGGUCACAUGCUCGUAGUGCUGCCAGUAUCGACAGCACCAGCUCCGUGACUGCAGAAGUGGCUCCCAUCAGUAGCUCUAGCACAGUCACGCUUGCCAGCGGCUCCUUCGACAACUUUGACUCUGUGAAGGACGAAAGACCUAAGUCAACGGCCGGGCAACGACUCAGCACUUCACCAGUCGAGCCAGCGUUGCCCGGCAAAUGUGUGGACUUGUCUGCUUACUACACAUUUUCUAAGAAGAAUAGCAAGAUCAUAUACGACGAAUCACAAGGACUGUCGGGGUUUUUGGACUAUCGAAAGCUGAAUGGAACUUGGCGACCGUUUCUGUUCCAGACCAUUGGUCAUCAACUGAUGCUCUACCGAGUUCACUCCACGCAUCAGGUGCUGGUCAUGUCUACAGAUAUCCGCAGUGCCUUUCAGAUCGCGCUGGAGUAUGACGGGGCUAACGGGGCUGCAGCGCCUCCGAGAUGGCAAACCAUUACAAUUGAUUAG